AUGCAAGCAAACAGAAAGAUACUCGUGUCUAUUCUAUACCGUAUUCCGAAGCUGAACAUUGUACAAAGGCUCUCGUGUGGCUGGGACAAUUCAAAGACGAGGACUGCCACGAAGCAACGAUGGCUUGGCCUGAAGUUGUGCGAUGAGCCGGCAGAUGAGGACGUGGGCAUGGAAGAGCCGGGCGCAACCAAACGGCCCUCUGUAUUGACCAUAGACAGGGCCGCGUUUCUGCUACUGCGCGUCAAAAGGGCGUUCAAGAAGAAAAGGCAGCAGAGGAAAGAAAAGCAG